AUUAUCCAGCAUAUAGAAUAUGACUAGCUCGUACCACUAGGUAAGGUAAGGGUGGGAUGCAUGUUUGCCUACCUUAGCUGCUGUCGACGGGUAUAAAGUCCAGCCCUCCCAUCCAACUCUCUGACCCUGAUCAGCAUCCUUCACUAUCGCUUACACUUUCAAAAUGAAGUUGAUCUACCUGCUUACAUCCCUCGCUGCCAUGGCUCUGGCUGCGCCGAGUCCUCUGGGUGAGUAUGUGUGCCAUCGAGAAGGGGAGACCUGUGCUACAAUUGCUGGUCCGAUUGGAGUGUGCUGCCCUGGGCUUCAGUGUAUAUAUAUCAGUCCAGACCAAGGGGUUUGUCAGCCUACAGAAGACUCCACUUGAAGAGAAUGGUGGCAGUGCUACUGGAUACUCAGUGUCUGCGCAGUUAAGAGUUAGAUGCAGGAUGACAAGGACUCCUGUAGUAUACUUUGUCUACCUUGUACUUUGAGUGUUUAGAGCAUGUUAUUCCCUGCUCAAGUCCUGACCACUGAUCCCCUUGCGGGCACUCAUCCCUUGCCAGCUGCAGUCCAAUCCUUAGG